AUGAGAAACAACGCCCGAAGACAAAUACAUCGCUGGUCACAUGCAAAGAAACGACAAUAUUUUCUCAUCUUCGCUGUUACUGCAGCAAUCUGUAAUGUCUUCUGGCUACUUUAUGUCUUCCACCCGAAAUUUGAUCGAUAUGUAACGGAAGCAUUUGAGAUCAGAAAUGUCACAUUUACGUCAUCGUUAUGCCCCGAAAUGAGAAGCCUUCACAAUAUUGAUGAUAUAGAACAAGAUAUGACGUGUCAACCACGUCCACCUUCUAAAAAAUCUUGUGAAUAUACUGCUGAACAUUUUAAAAUAUUGCAUUCUAAUUUAAUUUGCAAAGAUCAAGAUGAACCAUCCUAUAAUCUCUGCUAUCUGUCAAAUACUAUUAUGGACCAAUCAAAUGAAGGGAAAGUAACAUGUGACCUCUCGAUUUGCGAUAUUGAUAAAUAUCUUAUAAUAGAAGAAAUCAACAUGUCGAAUGGAAAUAUGAGGGGUCAAAAAGUGGAAAAAAACAAACGAGAUUCGAAAACUUUUGCAAAUCUUGUAAAGGCCGCUCUAAUACGAGCAAGAGAAAACAACGUUAACUUCAUAUUUUUAAACUGCAUAAGGAAAGGGAAAAACAGAACAAUCUCACAAAUGAUUAGCAUUUUGCCAAAGUUGCAAUAUCCUAAACCUGAUGAACCUAAACCUCUUGGGGGAAAACUUAAUUUGAAUGUUUUAUUACUAGACUCGAUUUCCAGAGCACACUUUUACCGUUCAUUUCCGAAGACCAUUGAAUAUUUGCGAACAAAACGAGACAACAGAAAACCAAAAUCAGCGUCAUUCUUCGAGUUUCAGCUUUUUCAAGGCAUUCAUACAAAUACACACGAAACAGAGAAAGGUUUUUUUACUGGUGAACUGUACCCAAUGAAUUAUACCCAUAAACAAAAAGCAACUGAAACAUCACACCCAAAUGUCCUCUUCGGUAUUAUGAAAAACGCUGGAUAUCAAACGAUGUAUCUAGAAGAUAUGUGUCACACAUGGCUAAAUGGUCUCCUAUCCACUUUACACGUGAGAGGAUGGGAGCCUUUGAGAAAAAAAAUUGAUAACUCCAAUAUUGACACAAUCGGCAUCACAUACUCCUCUUGCAAGAUUGUUUUAUCAGCAAACCCUGGAAGGCGACAUCAAUUUCGUGCAAAUAAACAUAAUCAAUUGUGUUACAAUGGAAAACACUUUCAUCAAUAUCACCUGGAUUUUUUAACUCGCUACAUCAAGGCAGUGGAAAGCAGGCGCGGAUCUAGGGAUCUCCGUCUAGUGGAAAGCACUCCAAAAAGCAAACCACUCUUCUCAUACACAAAUCUGCGGGUGUCUCAUGAUGACGUUGGUCUUCGAGUGCAAACUGUGGAUCAACAUCUUUUGGAAUUCAUUGAAGAUAUGUCCCAGAAAGAAAAUACGCUGACAUUCGUUCUUUCUGACCAUGGAAACACGUACACUCGUUAUCAAAGACAUAAUAGAAUAAUAGAUGGAAGACUUGAAAUUAGUCAUCCUUUCUUAUUGGGCAUCAUUCCGUACAAUGUCGGUCAAAUAUUAGGAAAAGAAAUUUUAGACAAUCUAAAAAUAAACCAGCAUCGUUUGUUGAAUAUUUUAGAUUUGAGAGCUGGGUUAAUCGAACUUUCAAAAUAUAAUGGAGAAGCCAAGUUACGUCCUGCAGGUUUGCUAGGAAAGAUUUCAAAAUACAGAACUUGCAAUGACAUGAAAUUCACACGAUCCGUUAUUUGUAUUUGCAACGGUUGGUAUCUCCCAGUGAAGCUUUCCGCAGAACAGAUAAUCAUUGCAGAGUUUGCUCUUGGUAAAUUGAACAACAUGAUUCAAGAUUCAAUGACGAGCUCCAGGAUAGAAACUAAAACUUCAAACGCUCCACAUUUCUUCUUUGGCCAUUGUCAACGAUUACAAAGAAGAUCAAUUAUAAACAUGAUACGUCGGAAAUCAGGUAAAGGAAAAAUAUCUGAAACAAUGGAUAUUCUUGUGCAGUCAAGUCACCUCAUAAAACAAAACGAGCUUUUCAAGGUUUCUAUCGAGUAUAAUUCAGAUUCCAAAGAAUCGUUCGAGAUCAAAUUACUGGAUUAUAAGAGGUUGUCAACCUUUGGUAUAUACGAGCAAUGUGCUGAUCCGAACGUUGAACUUCAGCUGUGCAUAUGCAACAACAAAUCUCUUGCGCAAAACUUUACAAUGACAUCAAAUUUUGAUUUAGUGCGAAUCAAAAAGCAUCCAAUAUAUGACAUAGUUGGUAAAUCAGCUGAAAUUGAGGUACGUGAGUCUUGCAUUCUUCUAAUUCAACGAUUCAUUUCUGAUGCAAAUAUUCCAAGAAAUCUUCGUCAAGCAAUAAGAAUAUAUGACGUAGCAAACGUUUGCGAUGACAAAACGUUUAGCGUCCACGUUAAUGAAACAAAUUCAAAGAGUAUUUCAACAGCGAAGCUUCCAAUCACUAUGAUCAUUCCUCCACGAACAUUAUACUUUGUGACCGCACUCAAAUCAUUAGAGGUGUCUUAUAAACCGAAGAUAGACUGGAUUAUAAACGUUGUUCGCCCUUAAUUGCGUCAGGUUAGAAUUGUUUUGCCCUAUAUGUCCACUUCUUGAUGAAUUUCAAAAAAUAUUAUUUUGCUAGUGUUAGCAUUAUUUAGUUUUAUCUCCGUCAAUAUUUAGUUCUAUCUCCAUAAUUUUUAUUAUCAUUCACUUUAUCGUAUUCUCAAUUUUGAUUGGUUAAUUUGCCUGCAGUUAACUGGGUGUUAAAAAACGUUGCACAGCUGCAAAUAAUACUCUGACGUGCACAUUCAUAUCAAUUUUGUAAAAAGUGGCGACGUGCUUUACCGAACUAUCCGUUAUCCGAACAAAUUAACUUUAAACAUUAGCAAAACUGAGUAUAUGCUUAUUGGAUCAAGACAAAGGCUGUCCCAAGUGCCGAUCCAAUCUUUUCACGGGGAUUGGAGGGUAUUAACCCUGUUUCAUCAACCAAAACACUAUGCGUAGUAGUACUGAGAUGAAUGCAUCACCUGGAAAGACCAUGUUGAUAAAGGGAGGAAAAAGCUGCAAAAGGGAUAGGAAUAUUGGGUUGAUCUAAACACUUAUUCAAUAAAGAUACGCUUAAAACCAUUUAUAAUGCUUUUAUGUUUUACCUCAUUUUAUAAUUGUGCGCUGUUAUGGAAUAAUUGUUCGAAAACCUUGCAACCAAAAUUUCAAAAGUUUCAAAACAAAGCUGUUCGAAUAAUUAGAGGUGAGUGCUAUAGAACUCCCUCUGAUAUUGUUAGAACUAAGCUUUCAUGGGACACCCUAGAGGCUCGGAGAGAAAUCAGUUUGAAAAUUUAAUGACACAAAUAAUGAAAGGUAAUUCAGAUAAUUACCUCAGUGAUCUUUUUACAAUCCGUACCAACCAAACGUAUAAAUUGAGAAAUAUUCUCCGAACUUGCCCAAGCCAAACACCAAUGCUUUAAAACGCAUGCGUUAACAUAGUAUUCACAUUUUGUAAAUAAUUAAUAUUUUUAUUGUUCCUCUUUUAAUGUCUUUUAACUUUGUUAAGACACGGCAAUCUAAAAAUUAACCUUUUUUUACAUGUGUCUUAAAUUUUAUUAUAGAUAAUGUAUAGUCAGGUUUUUAUCUGAUUGGUUGAGAUGCUACCGUGUAUAAAUAUUUGCCGGUAAAUAAAUAAAUAAAGCAGAAUUGUCUUAAUUAUGCGAAGAUAAAAAUGCAGAAAUCAUGCAGCAACCAAUGUUUUGUUAGUUAAACGAACCAGGUUUUUAUUAUCAGAUUAUAUUUUUGU